AUGCCCAACGAAACCCGCGACUACGGCAACUUGAGGGUCACCCUAACUAAAGAUUUUGACUGGGUAUACAACGACAAAGGCUCCGGUGCUAAGUUGAACGGAAGCUUUAUUCAUGCAAAAUCUCAGGGCGACUUGCGGCCCUUGGGGACUUACGCAUAUGCGGGCUUUGACGACCAGAGCAACAAGAGGGCCACGCUCCUUGUUGGUAAUGUGCCGAACGGUUCCGGAACCCCAGCUGUUGCCAGUCCCACGAGUUACACAAUGAUGUGGGACGCGCGCAGCAGUGAGAGUAACAAUGACGGCUCCAUCUGGAAGGCCAAUGCGCCAUCUGGAUAUGUCGCAUUGGGAGAUAUUUGCGUAAACAACUACGCCUCUCCGAGCACCAACGCAAUGUGGUGCGUCCGAUCAGAUCUGGCCCUGCAAUCGGAAUUUAGUCCGGACUGCAUCUGGAGUGAUAGCUAUUCGAAAGAUAAGACGGAUGUCUCCAUUUGGCCGAUUCUCAGCCCCCCAGCCAAUACGGAAGGAUCCGAUCACAUCCCGGCCAUCAACGAUCUGUUCAUCGCAAGCACAACGUACAAUCAGCCGGACUACAGCCGCGCCAAAUUUCUUGUGCUGCCCUAUCCGAAUGAUUUCAAGCGCUUCACUGCAGACCUGCCGACUUUCACCAAGGACACCAUUCCCCACGAAGGAGACAUCUUCGCCGAGACGCCGCAAUGUGCGGUCGUGUUGCCCUUUACGGCCUUCUUUCCUGCGACGGACACUCCAAGUCUGGAACGCAUACAGCACCCCUUCGUCACGCUUCAGAGGCGCACGGCGUGGUACGUGGAAGACGUGGCUAGGAACGCAGCUGAUGAACCCAUGACGCAGGCGACGACAAUCACCAAGGGCGUGUCCGAGACGCAGUCGCAAGAGAUGACGAACUCUGCCGGCGUGGAGAUCUCAGCCUCCAAAGGCAUCAGGCUUAUCAAAGGGGAAAUAGAAGCUAGCCUCAACUAUCAGUUCACGGCGACGGAAUCCUCUUCGACUACUGAGUACAGUGAGGUUACCAAGACGCAUACUUAUACCAUUGGGCCGCAGACAGUUGCUGUCAUUCUCACCGACCGGGCAUGGAUCCAGGCUAUCCGCAGCGAUGGCUCCAUCACUUUUCAAGAAAUCUCAUUCAAUGCCAGCGACGACAUGAGUAGAACCGAGAUUAAGCUUACGUAG